AUGGCAACCGACAUUGCUACAACAGAGUCGACGCUCAAAGUCAUAGUAGCCGGGUUGCCUAGGACAGGCACCACGUCCAUGACUAGAGCGCUCGAGAUACUGCUCAAAGGCAAAGUCUUCGACGGUGGGUCCGCCUCAUAUACCGGCGACGCCCACCUGCAACAACAGAUGCUCGAGCUUGCGCUGCAUUGUCCGACAAAAACGCUGGUCGACCGGACCUUCGUGCUGUAUCGCCUCGCGCAGCUGACCGAGGGGUGCGUCGCGAGCUCUGAUCAGCCGGGCUGCUAUUUCGUCGAAGAGCUAUUGCAACUGUAUCCGGAUGCGAAAGUUAUCGUCACCGUCCGGGACAAGGAAUCCUGGUGGGCAAGUUAUUCGGCUCUGUGGCAGAGCAUUCACGACCUGUACGCUUGGUCCUGGCCUUCACCACAACUGAGGCGCUUCUGCCAAUUCUCCUUCGAGUUCUGGAGACGUGUGCCCCAGGCGGUUGGGAUCCCUCCAUGCGAAGCUUGGCCAAUGUCGAAUCAGGAAGGACUGUACGAUGCUCAUGCGGAGUAUGUCCGGCGUGUCGUACCAUCGAAUCGGCUCUUCUACUUCAACGUGAAGGAUGGGUGGAAGCCACUGUGUGAGAUUCUGAAUGUGCCUGUGCCGCAGCCAUAUGAGCCGUUCCCACAUAUCUUCCCAAGGUCCUGGCUUGCUAAGGGGACAAGUGAGAUUCGUGCGAGACUGAGGAGACGAGUUCUGGCUACAGGUCUCAUCGUGGCCAUUGUUACUUGGGCCGGAGGCAAGCACAUGCGUAGACUGCUCGAACGUAUGAGGAGCCUUCUUGAAAAGAGGACCCACUGA